AUUUGCGGAAGCGACUCCACGAGCAACAGACGAGUAAACAUACCCUGGUUAAUCAGACCAAUGGAUGUACGAGACCAACUCACAAUGUCACACCGCUACUACAACUUUUAGCUCUAGCUGUUGAAUGCAAAUUCUAACGAAAUAUUGAUUUUUUGCACGGUGGAUAAGUUUCCUUUUUAUCAAGGCCGAAAGUACAAUACGUUAACUACCAUACCAAACGAGAACGUUUCCCCGAGCGGUAUUAGUCGUGUCGGCUAGCCGAACUAGCAGGUAGCAUCGGCUACGGCUAGCUGUGUGGUGAUGGUCGUAAGCAGCGCUAGCUCCUCCAGAAAUGGCUGCAGGAUCGGGCGCUUCUGGCGGCUCUCUAGAGUCCAAACUAGACAAGAAGUUUCAAACCGUUUCGAAUACGAUGGACUCAAUACAAGGACUAUCGACAUGGUGCAUCGAAAACAAGAAGUUUCACAACAUGAUAGUGAAAUAUUGGAUGAAAUGGUUAAGGAAAUCUGAUGCAGCCCACCGGCUCAACCUGGUGUACCUGGCCAACGACAUCAUCCAGAACUGCAAGAGGAAAAACGCCAUUGUGUACCGAACGGCCUUUGCCGAGAUGCUUCCCGACGCAUUCCUCAUGGUCAAUAACGACGGUAACCCCAAGGUGAUCCGGUCCGUGGAGAGGAUCCUGACCAUCUGGGAGGAGAGGAACAUCUACAAGGGCGCGCUGAUCGGCGAGCUGAAGGGCUACCUCAAAGAGGAGGUGAAGGAGGAGUCUCCCCCCGACACGCCGGCGGAGAACAAAACUCCAUCUGACUCCAAAGCUGCCCUACAAUCCAAGAUUGUUGCAGAGUUUGUGCCUGCGGCGCUGGUGGAGCGGCUGUCCACCUACAAGAGCUCCGUGGAGGAGGUGGAGCUGAGGGAGAAGCAGCUGGCCGCCAUGAGGGUCGACGUCUGCAGCUCGGCCGCACUCAGAAAGCUAAAAGACAAGGCCGGAGGAAAGCGGUUCUCCCGGGACUUUGAGGAGGGAAGCACCAAGCUGCAGGACUUUGUCAGGUUCCUGGAGGAAGAGAGCAAGGGAGGCUCCGGAUUACUGGAAGCCCUGGGCAACGCAGACAUCUUCUAUGAAAUGCAGUAUCAGGAGGUCAAGAUUGUAGCCAAUGCGUACCAGACCUUCGCCAACCGGGUGUCCCACCUCAAGCGCAAGCUGGACGCCCUGAAGAGCACGCUGCCCGACCUGGACGAGUCUCCCGUCCCGUCGCCCUCCGCCGACGCCCCGUCGCCCACAGGGUCCGAGUCCCCCUUCCGGGGCAUGAUGGACCUGUCCCACCCGGACCCCGACCUGGACGGCUCGGCCAUGGACGACGAGGCGGAGCGCCCGGCCCCCAGCCCCUUCUCCUCCCCCGGGGGCUCCCCGCCGCCCGUCUGCCCCGCGGCCGGCGAGGACGACAACCGCGACGUGGAGGACAUGGAGCUGUCGGACGACGAGACGGAGGGCGGCGGCAUCAUAGUGGAGGAGCAAGUCACGUGCCCGUCCCCGCCCAUCCAAGUAGCCAAUCCCGUGGCAGCUAACGGUCAUCCGCCGUCGACAGCCACGGUGCCACCGGUCGUCCCGACCCCACCCUCUGUGGCUCCGGCCCCAGCCAGCGUGCCGGCCGUGGACCUGAGUAGGAUAGGUGCCCUCCUCAACAGCCUGACCUCCGCUUCCAAGACCACAGGGCCAGCAUUGGACAGCCCCACCUCCCCAUCCCCCACCCCUCCAGCCCCAUCAGCCUCUCUGGGGAACCGCCUGUCCAAGGGGGCCGUGACCCCCGAAGGACUCCUAAGUGCUCUGACCAAAGUCCAAGGUCAAGGUGGCUUGCAGGGCCUGACCUCUAUGCUAAACAGGCCGGCUCACAAAGUCCCCGCUGACUCUCAGCAAAGCAAAGCUCCACCCUCCCACCCUCCCCCCUCCACCCUGACUGCACCACCACCAACAACAACAACAACAGCAGCAGCAGCAGCAGUAGCACCACCUCAAGCCAUGGGCAACCCUCCUCCCUCUCUGCCCUCCACACCUCCUCCAUCAGCCUUUGCGGCGAGGCAGAGGGCCGCCCCUCAGCCUGAAGUCCCCGUCCCCCCCCGUGGGGCCCUGCCGGCCCCCAGUGCGGCCCCCCGCGCGGCCCCCGCAGCCGCCCGUGCAGCCUCAGCCCUGGUGCAGGCCCUUCACCGGGACAUGGACCUGGCCCCGGAGCCCGAGCCGGCGGCGGGGGCGGCGGGGGCCUCCGACAGCCUGGAGUCCAAGAUCCACAGCUUCCUGCAGGGCAACCCGGGCUUCAGCGCUUUCAACUUGAGCUUCGGCGCCGACGCAGCGAAGACGACGGCGGCGGCGGCGGCGGGCAGCCACAACCUCAGCCCCGGGGCCGGAACAGACACCCGCGACGGGACCCCCGUCCGGGACGAGGGCGGGGGCACGCCUACUCAGGACGAGGUCAUGGACAACCAGGCGGCGCUGAAGUUCGCCUCGGAGCCGCCGCCGCCGCCGCAGGGUACAAAACUGUCUGCCCAAGCGGCGGGGGACAUCUCGUCGCCUGGCACUUACCAGAACAACACCUCGCGUGUGCCCGCUGACCCCCCACAGCAGCCCCCCCGCAUGCAGCAGCAUCAAGGGGAGCCCCACAACGGCCAGGGCUACCAGCCGUACCGAGCCGCCGGCCAGGAGAUGGCUCUCCCUGGGGCGGCGGCCCCCGCUGCACACUACCAAGCCUUUACUACAGAGCAGGGGUCCCGCCUGCCGCUCUUGGGGGGCGGCCCGGGCGCUGCCGGUGGCGGCCCGCCCGGGGAGGGCUUCCGGGACGACGGACACAGGGGCUGGUAUGAGAGUACCAGGGGCCGGGGCGUGGUCGCACCAGGGGCCGGUAAAGAGCCACCGGGACGGUACCGCUACCGCCAGGACCCCCAUCAGGAGCCACACAGCGUGGCUGCUCCACAGGGUCCCGGACCCCCCUCCGAGUUUUACAACAGUAACCUCCCGCCGGUGCCCAGGCUACCCCCGCCGCCCGCGGGCUUCGACGAGCCCCACGCCGCAGCCGCCGGCGAGCGUCGUCCCGCCCUCGCCCCGGAGAUGGAGGGCGCUCCGAGGCCCCAGGCGGGUAGCAUCAUCAGCGGGAUGGUGGUCCACGACCACCAGCACAAGUCCGUCUUCGGCCUCGACGACCCCCUGUACGAUCGCCGUGACGACCACUACCGUCGCCCCGAGGACCUGGCUCACCCGGACGACCCGCGCUACCAGGACGACCUCGGGCACUACCGCGAGGGCCCCUAUCGCCCCGCCGCUCCCCCUUACGGGGACGAAGGGCCCCCCUUCCGGCCGCCCCGGGAGCCUUACUUCCGCCCGGAGGAUCCCUACUUCCGAGAGGACAGCCCGCCCCACGGGUACCCCAGGGGGGCCCUCUCCCCGUCCGAGGGCUUCCCCUAUGACUUUCACCCCCAUGGUUCCCCUCCCCUCUCGCACCAGAGGAGGCCGCCGCCGCCCCCCCAUUCUGAAAUGCGCCACCCUGGCCCGCGACCCCCCCUCCGCCCCAUGCUCCACCCGGGACACCACCUUCGGCCGAGGGGGCCCUGGCACCCAGGGCCGCCCGUCCCUCCCUUCCACGGCGGGCCCGAUCCGUGGCUUAGAGGCAAACGUCCGGGUCCAAGAGGCGGGGGGCCCGGCGGCCCCGGGGGGCUCGGUUUCCCCCCGAAAAGACCUUUCCUCCCACCCCGCUACUAACGGGGCAGGCAGCACCGAAGCUCUAUGUGCACGUUGAUGGAAGACGACGCCAGCGGGCCGUGGAGCCCAGACAUGACCCAGAAGGGAGGCUGGACGGGGCUGGGCUGGGCUGGGCUCAGAAAGACAAUCGGGGAAAACUAAAGCAAAUAGGUUAUCGGGUGAGUCCGGAGCGGAGAGCCGGGCGGAGAGCCGGGCGAAUAGCCGAAGAUGAGGAGAGGAAGCCUGAGGGAACAGGAGGCCAGAGGGAAGCCAACGGAAGUGGAGGUUGUGAGAGGAUGCUGCGAAGCUGACGGAAGAAGACGGAAGAUAAAAGAAUAUAAGAGGUGGCUAUCUAAAAUUCACUCUUUUUGUUAAGUUGUAUUGUUUCUAUUCUAAUAUCCUUUUAUAUUAGAGUUCAUAAAGGAGCUCUGUCUUGGCAAAGUCCACAAGAGCUGCAUGGCAUGCUACUGUGCAUGGACUCAAGGAAACAUUAGUUAUUUAAAAAAACAACAACAUUAUUUCAGUUGAAUUCGACCAAGUUCUUUUCUCGUGAGGUUGACAGAAAAUCUAGUUAUUGUUCUACUGUUUCUCUGUGAAAACGUCUUCAACGGCUCGUUUCAACCCAUAGCCUUCACCGCUUUAAAACUCAACCUUGUUUCAAUGUUGUCGCGAAGAGUUAUUUUAGAUAUUCUGGUCCUCUUUACAGUAAUGCACGUUUGUUCAGACAGGGAAGUAGAUUUUGUAAGUGUUGCAGCACCAAAUGUUGUGUUUUGAAGUGACGCUUUCCUUGUUACUGCGGUGAUUUAAAUAUGGCGACAGACUUGCGUAUAGUCCAGAAGCUCAAAUGAUGGUUCUGCAGCUUAAUUUAAAGGGAGAGAAAUUGGUCUUUGGGAGGAUUUGCUGUCUUUAACAACGGACGGAGAAGAUACGAAGUUCAUUUUGGAAGACGACGAAGAUUCUUCUCCAGCAACAUUUUAUUUGUCCUGACUUAAUAAAACUCUGACUUUAAAAAGA